ACUCCCUUUCUGCGCUCUGUCCCAGUGUGUGUGUCGGCAGUCGGUAGAAUAAUGUUAGAGCGGUCUGUGCCCCAGACAGAGGGAAUUCGGUUAGAGCCUCGGUGAGGACUAAAGCAGCGUUCAGCAUCCUACAGACCGACCCGGGCUCCGUGUCGGGCCGCUGCGGCUCCGGCUCCGGCUCCGGCUCCAUGGCCUGAUCUGUACCGGCGGCGAACGGACCGGCUGCAGCUGAAGCCUUCGAGAUGCCCCGAGCUCUCUGCAGCUGCACAAUAACACCGUCACCGAUACCGGCCCGGGGACUCAGCUAUGCUUUUCAGACGGAGAGCCAGGAUGUUGCGGUGGCUGGUUUGUGGUCGGUUGGGUCCAGUCUGGAUGUGGAAGGCGCUGCUGCUCUUCGUUGCCAUUGGGUUUGCUGGGCAGCUGUUGGGGGUCAUCUUCAACAAGAGCAGUGUCCAAUCAGCCGGCCGCUCCAUCUUCUCCUCCCCCGAUGCCCAGGGGCCCUCUCUGGGCUCCUGUCAGCCCCACACCCACAUCAUGUUCCUCAAGACCCAUAAGACGGCCAGCAGCACCGUGCUCAACAUGCUCUACCGCUUCGGGGAAGAGCGUGACUUGCGCUUUGCCCUGCCACUGGGCUACCAGCUGGGCUACCCACUACCAUUCAACGCUCACAGGGUCAAAGGUUACAGAGGUCCCAGAGCCGUGGAAUUCCACAUCAUGGGCAAUCACAUGAGAUUUAAUAAGGCUGAGACGGAGAAGGUGAUGCCUGCAGACACGUUCUAUUUCUCUAUCAUCAGGGACCCAGUCGCUCUGGCUGAGUCCUCCUUUGCCUAUUAUAAAGAGGUCGCGCCUGCCUUUCGGAAAGCCAAAAGCUUGGGCGACUUUGCUGACAACCCUAAGAAAUACUACGACCCCCGCCUCCGCAACAACCACUACGCCCGGAACCUGUUGUGGUUUGACUUUGGCAUGGACCACAAUGCUAAUUUCUCUGUGGCACUGGCUCAGCGCGCCGAGGCCAUGAUCCGCCGCACCUUCAAGCUGAUUCUGGUGUCUGAGUACUUUGACCAGUCCAUGAUCCUGCUGAGACACGCCCUCUGCUGGCCCCUGGACGCUGUCGUCUCAUUCAGCCUCAAUGCUCGGCAGCAGAAGCCCAGUGUCAUCGGGGGGGUGAGCGGGAGCUGGGUGGGCAAAGCGGCGGCGGCGGCCGGCGUUGGUGGUAGAGUGGUACGUUCCCAAGCCAAGACGCUGACCAAUGUUACGGAGGAACAGCGGGAGAAGCUGCGGCAAUGGAACGCCCUGGACUGGCACUUAUAUAAAUCCUUCAACCGGACCUUCUGGGGGGAAAUCAAUAGGUUCGGUCACGCCCAGAUGGAGCAGGAAGUAGCUCUUCUCAGGAUGCGGCGGGAAGAUCUGGCUCGGGUUUGUCUCAGGGAUGGCGGAAAGCCUGUAGAGUCGCACCGGAUCCGAGACAAAAACAUCCGCCCGUACCAGAGUGGAUUGGUGAAAAUUCUCGGCUACGAGCUCCAGCUGGGGCUGGACAACGCCACCAGGACGGCCUGUCUGAGGAUGAUCAGACCUGAGAUCCAGUACAAAGACGUGCUGGAUGCUAAACAGUUCCCGCGGGCUCUGGCGGCCCAACCCCAGCCAGGCCAACAGAACCAGGGCCUGAUGGUAGCGGCAGGUGGCUCUCUUUCAAGACAAGACUCGUCCAGGACAGGAGAGAGGCUGGUAGGGGGAGAGGCUGUGGGGAGGACGGUGGAGGAGGGGGAGAGGGACUGGGAUGGGAGCCGCUUAAUGAGGAGGAACCUGACUUUAAUACGAGGGCAAGAAAAAGGAAGAUGAGGUUUGAGGUGAGUCUCGUUCCCAAAUAUGGCACCUUUGGUCUAUGGACAUACGGACUAAUGACACUGAAAACUGAGCCAAAUGUGGUUUAUACAUGAGAAAACAAAAAGCUCCUCCUUUGUACUUCCACUUUUUGGUUGUUUGCUUGUUUUCUUAAAAACUGUCUUUGCUUUUACUUGGUGUCAUUCUCGUGGACUUGACCCUUGACCACUGAGAGCCUGGAAUGCUUUCAUGGCAUGCGGUAACAAGUUGAAGGAAGAAAAUGAAAGGACCACUUUGUUUUUUUAGAAGGAGAAGCACUCUAAAAGUUUUGUCAGGUACCUUCUGCGAGGCUGUUGUAUUCCCUGUUCAUAUUAAUAUUUUUAAGAGUUAAGAUGUUCACGUUGUCCUCGGUGCACAUGCUUGAAACUUCUCAACGUAAAGGUACAUUUAGCCCCAGUUUUUGCCUCUCAUGCUGUACCAUUACAUUGAGUCACUGAGCUAAGCACCUGUUUUCUCUCCAAGACAAACAAUGCAAUCUGGCUCAAGAAACAUUCUGCUUGCUGCACGAUACCUGUUUCCAAAGACUGUAUUUAUUAAUCAAAACAAAGACUAUAGCUGGAAAUGUCAUAUUUCCCUUCGCAAUGUAAAUUUACAAAUUUAAAUUAUUUAUUGUCAGCCAUA